UUAUGAUGCAACUACCAAAUACCCUGAAUUUCGUAUUUUUCGCAAACCAAACCAGCUAGGGUUUUUAAAUUUAUAUCCAUACGUGCAAUUUCUUGGAGGGAAAGCAAAUCGAUCAUCCGAGUUUGCAAAUGAGGAAUUUUGCCACCGCUAGAAUCCUUUGCAUUUAUCAGGGUAUCGAAUGCCAUUUAUCUCCGGUUGCAACACUGGCAAGAAAGAGCUAUAGUACUUCAGGUCCUAUUAGGUAUAUUCCAGGACGCUUUGCGCAAAUCAAUAAAACCCAGAACUUCCCAUCUUUGCAGGAUUCAGCGAAGAAGGAAGCGCCUAUCACAGGAAACACUUGUUCUGGAUUGUCGAAUUUAGAUUGUAGAGGGCUUCAAAAUGGUCGUUUGAAUGAUGAAAUGUUAAGCCAGUACGACGAGCCAGUACGAGAGCUUUUUGAUACUGGUUAUGAGAACAUGAAUGAACUGCAGACAAGUUCAAAGCAUGAUGCGGAUGGAUUCAGAAAAAUUAGAGAAGAAAUUGAACAGGUGGCAGUGGAUCUACUUGCAGCAAGAGCAAUGACUGCAAUUGAGCUGAGAAGGAAACUACAUGGAAAGAAGUAUCCUUCUGCCAUUGUAGAAUCCAUUGUAGCUGAUUUCAAGUCUAGGGGGUUGCUGAAUGAUAGCAUGUAUGCGGAAGCGUUCACCCGUUCGCGAUGGCUUUCAUCGACAUGGGGUCCAAGAAGGAUAAAACAAGCUUUACUUCAAAAAGGGGUUAGCGAGAUGGAAACUGAGAGAGCAAGGAAAGAGGUGUUUGAGCAGGAGGAUGAUCCUGGAAGUGAUGGCCAAGAUACGCAGCUUGGUAUGUGCAAGCUUUCAAUGGACCAUCUCUUUCUUCAGGCCUCAAAACAGUGGCUGAGAAGUCGGAACACAGUCGUCGACAAUCGAAGGGCUAGGAUUGUAAGGUGGCUCCAAUAUCGUGGCUUUGAUUGGGGAGUCACAAACUACAUACUUAAGAAGCUGGAAUCUCAAUAUCCCUCAUGAGGGCGUAAAAUAUUACACUGAGAUUGUUCAUCUCUUGCCUCCUGCAUUACGAGACAGGUUUUUCAGUUUUCUUUGGUUAUAUCUAUCUUGUUAUUAUUU